UCAGUUUUUCUGUUGGGUACUUGUAGACUAGUUUGUACGAAGAAAUUUGUGACGAAGUGUUUACAGUUUAACUUUUAUUUUCAUUACCUUUAGAAAUAUGGCUGCAGAAAUUAAGCCUGCUCCAAGAACACCUAAUGAUAGGUUUUCUACAACAAAAAAACCAGCUCUACUUAGCAAAUUAGAAGGUUGUACUGACGAUGUUAACGCUGCUGUUGUGAUACCUGGUGAGGAUGGAGUAAUUAGCGUUUGCGAUGAUAAGACUGUUCGAGUAUGGUUGAAAAGGGACUCUGGCCAAUAUUGGCCAAGUAUAUGUCAGUAUAUGCCAUCUGGAUGUACUUCAAUGUUUUACACUCCAGAGACAAGACAACUUUUUAUUGGACAAGAAAAUGGUACCAUUUCAGAGUUCACCUUGGCCUCCGACUGUAAUAGAAUAAAUCCUACACGUGAAUAUCUAGCACACACGGCUCGUGUGACUGCUGUAGUCUUUUCAUUGAGCUGUGAAUGGGUCUUAUCUGUAAGUAGGGACAAAAUGUUCUCUUAUCACUGUAGUGAAACAGGUAGAAGAAUUGGUGGUUACUCCUUUGAAGCAUGGUGUACAGCAUUACAAUUUGAUUCCCAAUCAAAAUAUGCAUUUGUUGGAGACUAUAGUGGACAAAUAACUAUGUUAAAAUUAGACAAUAAUGGAGCAACAUUAGUCACAACGUUAAAAGGGCAUACUGGUUCUGUUAGAGUGUUGAAUUGGGCGGCAAUACCACAACUCCUGUUUAGUGGUUCCUUUGAUCAAACUGUAAUUGUAUGGGAUAUAGGAGGUCAAAAGGGAACUGCUUAUGAACUUCAAGGGCACAGCAACAAGGUGACAGGGCUAUGGUAUGUCGGAGGCUGUCAGAGGCUGCUCUCAAGUGGUGAGGAUGGAGCCUUGGGCGUAUGGGAAAUGGGCGUUCCUCGUAAGGAGACGCCGGCGUGGCGUGAAAGUGACAUUUGCCAGCUAUGCCGAGCACCCUUUAUAUGGAAUGUGCGGGCUAUGAUGGAGAAGAAGCAGCUCGGCCUUCGUCAACAUCACUGUCGUUGGUGUGGGGCAGCCGUUUGUGGGGCGUGUUCUCCUCACCGUUUGCCUUUACCCAUUAUGGGCUUUGAGUUUCCGCAGCGCGUCUGCACUGGCUGCUACGACACACUCCGACAUGAGCCCCGCGAAUCCCUAGCGUCAUUCCAUGAUAUGAAGCACGCUGUGGCGUCUCUCUACAUGGAUGAAGCCACGGGACGCAUGUGCACAGCUGGCAAGGAUAGGGUUAUAAAGGUUUGGGAUAUUAGCGUGCUGGUAGCGCCUGCUCCGAAGCCCGGAACUAGCGACCAAUAACCACGGAAAGUUAUUACAAUUGGAACUUUAAAAGGGUAACACUACGAACAAUUAAUAAACAAAACAUAGACGUGUCAAACUUUCAAAUGUUAACUGUCAAAUAGUUGUCCUGUAUUUUUAACAGACUACGCAAAAUGUUUUAAUUUAUAUCUGAUACGAUUUUCUGGGGACGAUGCACUUUUGUUUUAAAUAAUUUCUACUACGUCUUGUUAUAUCUAUUAAAAAUUAUAUUUGCCUUGGUCUGUGACUUGUCGUUUAAAGGUCUGUUUAUUUUCAAUCUGGAGAGUACUAUACCGGGACUAUAUAUAUACUGAGAGUUACAAUACCGGUACUAACUUAAAACAUAUAGUAAAAUAGUAAAAGCAAUAUAGUAACGUAAUUACUCUCACGUAUUUUUGGUGAUUGAUCCUGUCCGUUAUUUGUUUUUAUUAAAAUUAAGUUUUUAUAAAAUGCAUUUUUAUAAAGUCCAUUUCCCGACGUCUCGAACGCUUUUCAUAUUUUUCAACACGAAAUUAUUGAUGGUAAUUGUUUCUUUGCCUACGCAUAACCAAAAUGCGAAAGGUCAUUUCAAGGUCAGACCUAAUGGCCUUAGUUUUGGAGCAUGUGUCAAUACAUUAUUAGUCACGUAUCAGAUAGUGAAUAUAUAUUUAAUUUUUAAGAUUUAUAAAGUCAGUCACUAAAGACUAAUUUUCAAACUUUGGAGGGUAUUUCCAAUAGUGGAAGUUCUUUUCGUUGCUUUUUAUUAUCCGCUAUUGUCGCUUGUAUAUUAAUCAAGCUUUACACGUGCGUACGCUUGCGGUGCCCACACGUCUACCCUCAUUUGUGUAUGUUAGUACCCACAAAAUUUAAAUGUGUAUCCCGGUUUCUAUAAAGUAUUACGAUUGAUAAUUGCCAGAGAGAGGUUCUAGAUCAGUUUUGUAUAGUUAGUUUGUGGAUCACAGAAUAUUUUCAUUGUCUAUGUAAGACUGAAUCUUUCAAGAUCUUGGCCAUGUUCGCUCAAUUUAACGGUCCCAUUGAACCAUAGACGACUAGAAAAAUGUUUCGGAGUUGUUUUGUUUUAAGUUUGAACUGUGUUAAUUAGUUAAAGAUAGGCGGGACUGUUAAAGUUGGUGAACUUCGUUUAGUCUUGGUCUAGCUUGGUUUAAUAUAUUUUUGUAGGUUUUAUAAGAAUCUAGAGCUGUUAUUUUCCAAAAUUAUUUACGAGUUUUAUUAAUAAAUCUUUUAUUAAAUUGUGAGUAGAAACGUGAUUGAGUUUGAUGUUCACGCUGAAUCGUUUUUGAUAAAAUUUCGAUAUUGUUGUAUGAUUUUUAUUCCUUCUACGCGGGCGAGAUCGCGGGUAUCAGUUAUCGUAUUGUACUUAGAUGUUUGUAGAGUUUAUAAAAUUUAUAAAUAAUACUAUUUGAUAAAAAUUGCUGUUUAGAUAUAUUUAUCUGUAUUAUAUUUAGCAAAUACAGGCUGUUUCGCGUUUCUAAUCUUCAUUAUAAAUAAUUAAAUAAAUAUUAUAAUAUUUUUGGUAUGAAUGUCUGAAACAUCCUGUAUAUUUGUUAUUCCUUGCGGCUCAGUUAUAUGUUAUGCAAUGUGAUGCCGAAAUUACUAUGUUCUAUUUAGUAUUAAAUAAAUUACGGCCCUUAAAUUUGUUUGGAACGUCUGGU